GGAGGCAGUUAGAGAUACUGGAGUCUAACGCUCCUGACUUCCCUAUCUGCCAGAUCAAUCUUAUAAGAUUUGCUCCCUGACCGAAAGAUUACCUUCUAGAGUAACCUAGGCCCUAUGCUUGCCAGUGAAGGCACUGCCGAUCACUCAAAGUCUGUUGUCGAUCUCAAAUGUCUCAUCAAAGCUGCUUUCGAGCAAUUUGGAUUUCCACUCUUGCUCGACUCCAACUUCCAAGUAGAAUAAAUGGAUAUCCGCGUACACAGAUCCUGGUUUCCCCGUUGCACUCUCCGGGAUAGGCUAGCUGCUCGAAAUUUCGAACGAUGUGACUAGCCAGUGGAAAAUAUUCUAUUUCAUGAUAUGUCAUGAGUCUCUCAUCUAACAUUCAAUUGUAAAAGAAUUGUUACAUUUCGUCGUGUCAAUCGUUCCACUUCACAGUCACUCCUUUAACAUUAGAAGAUGAAGUUUUCAUCAUCCAUUCUUUACUUUCCACUUUUGUGUACGAAUGCCCUGGCAUUUCCAACUCUAAAUGCAUUGCCAACAUCUUUUGAGAGAGCCCCGGGAGAUAGCUGGUACGAGAAUCUGAAGAGACAGGUUGAGAAUCACCCUGAAGUCAGAAAAAGAUUGUUGGUUGAUCCUUUGACCACUCCCAUCGAUGUUACCGGAGACCAUGCAUUUGUUCCGCCUGACUUCGACAAUGGGGACCAGCGAGGUCCAUGUCCAGGAUUGAAUAUGCUCGCAAACCACAACUACAUUCCUCAUAACGGUGUCGCUUCAAUGGUAGAAAUCAUUGCUGGUGUAAAUUCCGUGUUCGGAAUGGGAAUCGAGCUCAUCACAGUCCUGGCUAUAAUGGGAACUGUCGGGGUCGGCGACCCUAUCUCACUAAGCCCCGGGUUCUCGAUUGGAGGCUACACUCCGAAAGUCGCUAACAUUCUCGAUAAUCUUGAUGGUCUUUUGGGAACACCUCGUGGUCUUGACGGCUCCCACAAUUGGAUCGAAGCAGAUUCCUCAAACACCCGAGACGACCUGUAUGUGACGGGAGACGCAUCAACAAUGAACAUUACUCUAUUCUUACAGGUAGCCAAUGGAUCCGACUCUGAAGUCAUUACAAUGGAAGAUAUUGGAAAACGCGCUGCUGACCGGCUCGAAGUCAGCAAAGCCACCAACCCUUAUUUUUACUACGGACCCUACACCGGCAUGAUUGCACGAAAUGCUGGAUAUGCAUUCUCUGGUCGCCUUUUGAGUAACCACACGCCCGAGAACCCCGGCGGAAUCAUGACUCACGGAUUGAUGCGCACCGUGUUCGGCGUCUACUCAGAGAAUGGAACAUAUGUAUACAAGAAAGGUUGCGAGCAAAUACCCUCCAAUUGGUACCGCAUCCCCGUCGACUACGGAUUAGUACAACUCAACCUGGAUAUUGUUGCUUGGAUAGUAGCAAACCCAGCCCUGGCAAGUAUUGGGGGCAAUACCGGUGAAAUAAAUACUUUCACUGGUCUUGAUAUCAGUAAUGUCACCGGAGGCCUCCUCAAUGCCGAGACCCUUUUGGAGGGCAACAAUUUGAUGUGUCUUGCCCUUGAAGUUGUCAAGACAUUCGCGCCCAAUUCUCUUUCGCCUCUGUUUUCUACGAUUGCCGUACCAUUGAAAUUAAUUACCGAUGCUCUUGAUACAUCGAUCUUGGAUCUUACUGGGUGCCCAGACUUUGCCGAUUUAAGUUUGGGUGGAAAAUCACUGUUUGAAGGACUUCAGGAUACUUAUCCAGGCGCUGCAAAAAGUGGUGUCGCGUUUUAAAGGAUAGAGAGUUGUAUUUUGGGGGGUUGGUGCUUUGGCAUUGUUAUAAUUGUAAUCUUAAUAACUGCAGCAUUGUAUAACUGUUUUAUCUUUCUAGAAAUGCAGUGCAAUCUAUCAUCGUCCUUGAAGCUAUAGGAUUUCCUCGAUGUUCUAAAACGAAGCCUUACAGUGUGCUUUAUUAAGGCCGAUUUUGGCCCACCUUGUGGAGUCCAUAAUGUUAUUGCAUUGCCAGGGCCCAGUAGUCCAUGUGAGUUUCGGGACCGCAGUUAUGACAGAUACAAAGCAGAAUAAUUGUACCA